CUUCUUCUUUAUUUCUUCUUUCUUUCUUUUCCUUCUUUUUUUCUACUUUGGCAACUCAAUUUUCAAUACACCAAAAAUUCUUUUUGCUCCUAUCACCAACACCACAAUCCUAUCAAUCUUCUUAUUAUUUUCAUUCAUUCUUUCACAAACCCACACAAAAACAAAGAUUCAUCAAAAUUCAAAAAUGGACACAGAACAAAGACGCAAAAGAAAAAGAGUUGUACCAACAAAACACCUUCACAUAUCAUCAAGGUCACUUUUUCUCUGUUUUUCAUUCUUCAUCUUCUUAAUUUUCCUAUCAAAUUACCAUGGUUUCUUCACUCACAAACCCUCUACUUUAUCACUUCUCUAUUCUUCAGCAAGUAAUUCCAUUUUUGACCCUCUUCAACCUUCAACAAAAACCACAUCAAAAACCACACUUUCUUUAUCUCUUCAACACCAAAUCCUCUUCCCAAAUCAAUACCUCAUGAUUUUCAACAAAAUAAACCAACCCCAUGAAUCACUUGAGUGUGUUUAUUAUACUCUAGCAAACAACGGUUCAACUAAACCGGUUCUUGAUGUUCAUGUUGAACCUGUUUUAUCAAUGGAUUUUUACGAUGAAUUUCGAUCUAUAGCAAGGUGCCCAUUUCUUCAAACGAAUUCAACUAUCUCCGGUGGGGUUAAAGUUGUUGACUUGCGGCGUUCCGGCGAUGUGGGUCAUCGGAGUUUUGGUGUUUUGAAGAAUCAAACACCUCAAUCUUGGGAUAGAGUAGCGUAUGAAGCUAGUUUAGAUGGUGAUACUGUUGUUGUUUUUGUGAAAGGGUUGAAUCUUAGGCCUCAUAAGAUCUCCGAUCCAACGAAUUUUCGAUGUCAUUUUGGGUUGAGAAGUUUUCAUAAAGACGGUGCUGGUGCUGCUUUUUUGCUUAGUACAAAAGCAGUUUCUGUUGCGCAAGAGCUUGUGAGGUGUGUGUUGCCACAAAGUGUGAUGAAUAAGCCUGAAAAAGCUCGUGGUGUUCGCGUUACGGUGAGUCAUUUGAGUGGGAAUUUGAGGCAUCCAGUGAGGACCCUUUUGCCUUCUGUGGCUAGGAUUGGUGGUGGAAGUGAUUAUAGGAAGAAGAAUGGUGAAAAAUUUGAGCUUUGUGUUUGUACUAUGGUUUGGAAUCAAGGUUAUGCAUUAAGGGAAUGGAUUAUGUAUCAUUCUUGGCUUGGUGUGGAACGUUGGUUUAUAUAUGAUAAUAAUAGUGAUGAUGAUAUUGAAAAAGUGAUUAAUGAUCUUGAUUCUGAAGGGUAUAAUGUUAGUAGAAAAGUUUGGCCUUGGAUUAAGACACAAGAAGCAGGGUUUUCUCAUUGUGCUUUGAAAGCUAGAGAAGAGUGUAAAUGGGUUGGUUUCUUUGAUGUUGAUGAGUUUUUCUAUUUUCCUAAUGAGUUUCGUCGUAAUAAGAUUGGAGAAGGUAGUAGUAGCGGUGUUCCUGGUGAGAAAUCGUUGAGAUCGAUGGUUGCGAAUUUCUCGUCUUCAACGACAAUUGCUGAGAUAAGAACAACUUGUCAUAGUUUUGGACCUUCUGGUUUGAAUUCAAAACCUAAACAAGGGGUUACUAUAGGGUACACAUGUCGACUUCAGAGUCCCGAGCGGCACAAAUCCAUUGUGCGACCGGAUAUGCUCGACACAAGUCUUCUGAAUGUGGUGCAUCAUUUCCAGCUGAAGGAGGGAUAUGAUUACUAUAACAUGCCUGAAGGUAGUGCUAUAGUGAACCAUUACAAGUAUCAAGUUUGGGAGAGUUUUAAACAAAAGUUUUACAGAAGAGUUGCUACUUAUGUUGCUGAUUGGCAAGAGGAUCAAAACAAAGGUUCAAAGGAUAGAGCACCAGGACUUGGAACAGAAGCUAUUGAACCAGAUAAUUGGAGGUUAAGGUUUUGUGAGGUUUGGGAUACUGGCUUAAAGGACUAUCUUUUGUCUUAUUUUGCUCAUCCUGUGACAGGGUUAAUGCCUUGGGAAAAGUCUUUUCUAUGAUGAAUGGAUAGACAUGUAAAUGAAGAAAAUCAUAUACUUGUUAGGCAUAUAUUCAUUCUUUGCACUGUUUCUAGGGCCUAUUAUUUGUUACAGAAAUUUUGAUUUUGUUUUGUUUUUUAUUGAUUUUUAUACAUAUGAAAGAAACUCACAGAGGUUAUACAGAUGUAUAUUUGCAGCAAUUUGAAUGAAUUCCUCUUCCAUUUUUUGACUUCA